CUCCCCAGUCCCCCCACCAUCACUCUUCUACGGAGGAAGAAAGGGGGAGACGGGAAACCUGUACUGAACGCUUUCACACAAAUAUGAGCGGCAGCGGGCGGGCCAGGACCAGCUCAUUCGCUGAGCCUCCCGGAGCUCCCGGAUCUGCUGCAGCCGGUGCCGGAUCGGCAGUAGCCGGCGGAAGCUCGACAGGAAAAACUGGGGCUUCUCAAGGCAGCGGAAGCGGCUCGACGAGCUUUGGGAAUUUGAAACUACCUAGAGACAGUGGCAAAGUGACGACGGUGGUAGCCACACCCGGGCAGGGCCCUGACCGCCCACAGGAAGUGUCCUACACAGACAUAAAGGUCAUAGGAAAUGGCUCCUUUGGCGUGGUCUACCAGGCUCGCCUCAUUGACACUCAAGAGAUGGUGGCAAUUAAGAAAGUUCUCCAAGACAAAAGGUUUAAGAAUAGAGAGCUGCAAAUUAUGAGGAAGUUGGACCACUGCAACAUUGUCAGGCUACGCUACUUCUUCUACUCAAGUGGAGAAAAAAAAGAUGAGGUGUAUUUGAAUCUUGUGUUGGACUAUGUCCCGGAGACAGUGUACAGAGUGGCUCGGCACUUCAACAAGGCCAAGACCACCAUCCCCAUCAUCUAUGUUAAGGUGUACAUGUACCAGCUGUUCCGCAGUCUGGCUUAUAUCCAUUCCCAGGGCGUUUGUCACAGAGACAUCAAGCCUCAGAACCUCCUGGUAGAUCCAGAGACGGCCAUUCUCAAACUUUGUGACUUUGGCAGUGCAAAGCAGUUAGUUCGAGGGGAGCCAAAUGUGUCCUAUAUCUGUUCACGGUACUAUCGUGCCCCGGAGCUCAUAUUUGGCGCCACCGACUACACGUCCAACAUUGACAUCUGGUCAGCCGGCUGUGUGUUAGCGGAGCUGCUGCUGGGCCAGCCCAUCUUUCCUGGGGACAGUGGUGUGGACCAGCUAGUAGAGAUCAUCAAGGUUUUGGGGACACCAACAAGGGAGCAGAUCCGGGAGAUGAAUCCUAACUACACAGAGUUCAAAUUCCCCCAGAUUAAAGCUCAUCCUUGGACAAAGGUCUUUAAGCCUCGUACCCCUCCAGAGGCCAUUGCCCUCUGCUCUCGACUGCUGGAGUACACCCCAGUUUCCAGACUGUCUCCCCUGGAAGCAUGCGCACAUGCCUUCUUCGAUGAGCUGCGCCAGCCCAACACCCGUCUGCCCAGCGGACGAGAACUGCCGCCCCUAUUCAACUUCAGUCCUGUUGAGCUGUCUAUUCAGCCCCAGUUGAACUCCACGCUCAUUCCUCCUCACGCUCGUGCACAGACAUCGCCUGCCUCACAUGAGGGCAGCGUGUCAGACAGUACCGCCCAACCCAGCUCAGCACCUGGAUCCAUCAACAACAGCACCUGAGCGCUCAUCCCUCUGUCACAUUUUCUGUUUUGUCUUCCUUGUUUUCUUCUUUUUGCUCCUUUCCCUCUAUGCUUACUCCUGGCUCCAACCCUUAAAGGAAUAAACAAAACAUUACUAAUAACCUGACAUGCUCGCAUAAACACUCAGCGUUCCCUAAAGUGUUAACCAGUUCUAGUAGAAAGCAGUGCCUGCAGCUACUCGCUGUAAGAAGUUGUGGGUUGGCAUUUUGUAAGCUGCACUUUGAUUUAAUAUAAGCUGCAGUCCUACGUCGGCCCUUAUGUGGACUGUCCUUAUGUGGACUGUUAGAAUAAAAAUAGCUGUUGAGUAAAAUGGUGAAAAGAAGAGUCUUGCACAUAUGUGAAUUUUCUAUAUUAUAAUGAACACCUUUUAAUUUUUACGUUAAUUUAUUUGCAUUAGUUAAUUUUACUURAGGCUAGAGUGCCACAGAUUUUAAUUGAAUUCGAUUGGCUUUGGAGUUGAGAGUAAGGGUAGCGUGGUAAGUCCUGACAUGUAUAUUGACAAUCAUUCUUAGUGGAGUUUAAAACUUGCACACUUCAGCUGAAAAAAAAUUUUAAAAAAAGUGUUUGAUCGUAGCUAAACAGUCCAGUGUGUAGACUAGAGGCUCUUCUGUCAUUUUCUACCCUGAAAUCAGCUCAGAAAAAGGUUUUAGGUCACCACUGGGGUGACUUGAGGGAUAGUUUUAAUCUGCGAGCUGAAAUGUCAUUUUAGAUCAAAAGGUGGUUUUAAUUUAAUUUCUGGAAGUCAAAGCACCAAAGCCCUUUUUCCACUGUUUGCUACCAUCUUAACUGCCCUUUUUUUUAUUCGCCCAAGUGGAGUGCGCACACCUUGAGUUUUUUCACAAUAAGCUCAUCGGUUAAGCUGGAAAGCCAGUGUUUUGUGUAAACUUUUGCACAUGUCUAAUGGGAGUGGAGAGACACAGAAAGAGGCCAGUUGUGUCCAGCUGAGGACAGGAYGUCACAUGGAGGGAGCCGUUAGGCUACAGUUGCAUCUGAUACAGAAGCUUCAUUGUCUGAAAAGUUUUUCAUCAGAUUUGCACAGAAAUGAAUGAAGCACCUCAUUAAUUAUGUCAGUUUCCGAUGCUUCUUGAUUAUGGUAAAGAAUCAGGUGCGAAGGCAGUUUGAACCCUUUUUUUGCCCCCUUUAAAGCAGCCUGCUUGUUCCACUCUUAUAUCAUGUUCCUCUGAAUCAGCAGACAGAACUUGUCUUGAAUGAUUCGCACAGCUAACAGUCACUUGGAGAUGUUUUUAUGUAUUUAUUUUUUUAUGUUUGACUCGCAAGCGUAUGUGUUCAGUUCAAGCCAACCCAACGAAUAAUCUGACCAGAAAUAAUGCUCAGACCCCCUGAAACCCAACAGCUUUUGGAGCCGCCCCUUCGAUGCUUCCUCAUCUUCACCACUCUGCUACCCCACUUCCCUUUUUUUUUUUUACUUCCUCUAUUUUUUCACAGCUAAACUGUAAAUAUCAAGUACCUUUUAUUUUGUUAUUUUUGUUAUUAUUGUAAUUAUAUUGCUGUUCUUGUAAUUUUCUUUUUCUGUAGUAGACCGGCCCAGCAGCAAGCCGGACCGUUUAUCCUCAGUCACAGUCUGUAAAUACGAUUUCAUUUCAGUCCCUUGUUCAGGAGGGAAGAAAAAAAAAAAAGAAAAACAGAACAAAAUGUUUCAUUUUUAUUCUCUCUCCCUUCAUUCCUCUCAUCAAAGCUUUUCCUUGUCCCCCAUUAAUGUUGUCAUGACUGUUUUAUUUAUUGUAUAGUGUUUUUAGGGGGAGGGGUGGGGGGUUUGGGAUCUUUUCAUCUUUUAUUUUAUUUUUAUUUUAUUUUUUUCUCAAAUCCAAAUUUUAGCUAAACUGUUUCACAUCCAAGAUACUGUACUCAGAUCCAGAUGAUGGUGUGCUUCCCCAGCAGUGGUUUUGUUUGUCUGCAGGUGCACACACUCGCCAACUAGCGGAGCUCCAGUUUUUCCAUUAAACUUCAAUGUGAAGGGAAUGUUACAAGCCUCUGGAUAUAUGGGGUUGUUCUGUUUUUUUGGGGGGAUGGAUGGAUGGGGGCACACAAUUGUGUGUGUGUGUAUGUGCGAGAGUGAGUUUGUGUGUAUGUGUGUGUGGAGAAAAAAAUGAAUCUUCUGUUAAAAUGUAUCAUCUCCUUUGUCUUGACUGUUUGCUGUUUUUGCAUAUUGUGUCUGAAUGUGAAGGUUUGAGGGUUCAGUAGUGUGUGUGUGUGUGUGUAUGUGUGUGUAUUUGCUUCACAGGUGGCGAGUUUUUGCAAGUUGUCAGCACAGCUUCAGGGAAUGUAUGUUUGUAUGCGUGCUGGUUGACCAUGAACAUUCUCCCACACAGAGCUGACUAAUUUUUAUUUUAUUUUUGUCUAUCUUUUGAUUCAUGGCACUUUUUUUUAAUUUUAUUUGCAGUAACCUUUUCAUCACCCUUAAAGAGGGUAAAAUGCCAUCAUUGGGAUCAGAAUAGUUUGAUACUGAAGAUGGAAGAGGGAGGGAAUAAGGGAGAGAGAGACUGUUUUUUGUUUGUUGGUAUAAAUAAUUAAACUCAUUAAUAAAGUGAUGAAACUGU